AUGGAGUCCGUUCUGACGGAGCUGACGGCACACCAGGUGCCCGUGUGGACCAAGGCCUACUGCCUCGAGCUGACGAGAGCCUGGCGCACGACAUUCCUCGGCCUCGGCGCCUUUGGGGUCACCAACCUGGUCUCGAACGGCCUCGAGAAGCUCGUGAUGAAGCAGAUGGAGCGCACGGAGGAGAGGUCCUUCGAGCGGGAGAUUGAAGCCGUCGUCCUCGAGGGUGAGGACUACGUCAUCGUCAGCCGCUACGCCGGAGUCACGCUCGAGCGGUGCGUCGAGCAGAAGCUGCUCUCCAGCGAGCAGCUGGAGGACGUCCUCGAACAGAUAAGCGCCGCCCUCGAGCGCCUACACGCGAUCGGCGUGACGCACCUGGACCUCAACCAGGACAACGUGUGCGUCGUGGUCGGCGAGAGGCGAGCGCAGGCGAGCAUCAUCGACUUCGGACUCGCUCGCUGCGAGGGCGAGAGAUGUUUCGCCUAG